AAGAAUUGAACCCCCCAGCUGUAAAUACACAACUUGUCCCUCUCAUCUUCUGAAAUUUGUGGCGUUUUGCUGUUUCUGGUUCUCUUUGUCUUUCAUUUUAUCUUCGCAGGGUUCUUAUUCUUUUUCUUCUUCACUACCAAAUAUUAUUAUUAUUGUUUUAUAAAUAAAUAAAAUCUUUGUUUAGUGGCUCAGUAACCAAAGGAAGUACAAGUGUUUUCCUUUUCAGUUCACCUCAUUUGUCUUUCUAUGUUCCAUCACUUCAUCUUUCACAUUUCUCAUCUCAACAAUAUAUUGCUUCUUCUUCUUUCAUAUUUUCAUUUUCUUCUUCUCAUCCUUCCAUUUUUUUCACUUUUUUUCUCUUCAGUUUCUAUCUAUUAUUACAAUUUUCUCCUCUACAAAAUGAGAUUUGAUCGUCAUGUCAUUUGCAUUUCUCUUUUCUUUUUGGUAAUUUCAAGCUGCAUCCUCCAAGGGUUAGUUAUUGAAGCUAGAAAAACUCCUAAACAAAGUGGUUCUCACCAGAUAAUAAGUGAGGAGAAGAUGUUUCUAAGGGCACAAAUAGGGUCUAGGCCACCAAAAUGUGAUAGAAGGUGUAGAACAUGUGGACACUGUGAGGCUAUUCAGGUGCCUACAAAUCCUCAAGUGCAAAAUGGAAAGAUAGAUUCUUCAAAGUUCAAUUCAAUUGCUUAUUCAAGAGGAAAGGACAAUUCCAAUUACAAGCCUAUGAGUUGGAAAUGCAAAUGUGGGAGCCUCAUUUUCAACCCCUAAAUACAAUUAAUUAAUCCAAUUAAUUGUAUAGCAAUUUAUUUUGUACAUGAUUAAUUUAUUAUAUACAUCUUUUUAAAAAAAAAUUAAGGAGGUGGCUUUUUUGCUUUAUCAAUUGUAUGAUGUAAUCAAUUCAUUGUCUUUAUAUGCUAUCCUUCAUAGCUUUUAUUACGUUA